GGAGUAGGGAGAGCCAACAACCAAAAGAGACAAAUGCUGCCGCCGCCGCCGCCGCCGCCGCAGGGGGCAAUGGCCACCGGCGCCGCCAACCACGCCAUACCCUGCUCUGCCGGUCGUCCGACGAAGAGGAACCAGCGGCGCAACCCUGCUUCCCUCUCCGUGCGCGCGUCCAGCGACGCCAACACGGUGACGCUGCUUGACUAUGGCGCGGGCAACGUCCGCAGCGUGCGCAACGCCAUCCGCCACCUCGGCUUCAACAUCCGCGACGUGCGGAGCCCCGAGGACAUCCUCUCCGCCGACCGCCUCGUAUUCCCCGGGGUCGGAGCUUUCGGCUCCGCCAUGGAUGUUCUCACCCGCACAGGCAUGGCCGACGCGCUUCGCGAGUACAUCCGCAGGGACCGCCCCUUCCUUGGCAUCUGCCUCGGCCUUCAGCUGCUAUUCGACUCCAGCGAGGAAAAUGGCCCGGUAAGCGGCCUUGGUGUGAUACCUGGAGUUGUCAGGCGAUUCGACUCUUCCGAGGGUCUCAUAGUGCCUCACAUUGGAUGGAACGCCCUCCAGAUUAACAAGGAUACACAGCUGCUGCAAGGAGUUGAUGGCCACCAUGUGUACUUUGUUCACUCCUAUUACGCUCCACCUUCGGAUGCGAACAGAGACUGGAUUUCGUCCACAUGCAACUAUGGCCAGAGCUUCAUAUCAUCUAUCUCGAUGGGCAACAUUCAGGCAGUUCAGUUUCACCCAGAGAAGAGUGGAGCUACUGGACUUUCCAUUUUUGAAAAGUUUCUCAGUCCCAACUCUUCAGGGGCAAAGGUCCCAUCUCAUAAAAAAGCAUCAAAACUUGCAAAGAGAGUGAUAGCAUGCCUUGAUGUUCGGUCAAAUGAUAAUGGGGAUCUUGUGGUGACAAAAGGUGACCAGUAUGAUGUAAGAGAUCAUAGUAGUAGCAAAGAGGUGAGAAACCUUGGCAAGCCAGUGGAAUUAGCAAGUCAAUACUACAUAGAUGGGGCUGAUGAGGUCAGCUUCUUGAAUAUAACUGGUUUCCGUGCCUUUCCAUUGGGUGAUUUGCCAAUGCUAGAGGUACUACGUUGUGCAUCUGAAAAAGUUUUUGUGCCACUUACAGUUGGUGGGGGUAUAAGAGACUUCACAGAUGCAAGUGGAAGAUACUAUUCAAGCUUGGAAGUGGCAUCAGAAUAUUUUAGGUCUGGCGCUGACAAGAUCUCAAUUGGAAGUGAUGCUGUUUUUGCUGCUGAAGCCUAUUUACAGACUGGUGUAAAGACAGGGAAAAGCAGCUUGGAGCAGAUUUCUAGAGUAUAUGGAAAUCAGGCUGUAGUUGUAAGUAUUGAUCCCCGAAGAGUAUAUGUCAAAAGUCCAGAUGAGGUGCAAUUUAAAACUGUGAAAGUGUCCAGUAAAGGUCCAUUAGGUGAAGAAUAUGCAUGGUACCAGUGCACGGUAAGCGGUGGGCGUGAUAGCCGGCCUAUAGGAGCAUAUGAGCUAGCACAAGCUGUGGAAGAAUUGGGCGCGGGAGAAAUACUGCUGAACUGCAUUGAUUGUGAUGGUCAGGGAUGUGGAUUUGACAUUGAUUUGAUCAAAAUGGUAUCGGAUGCUGUGACAAUUCCUGUCAUCGCAAGCAGUGGUGCUGGUUCCGUGGAACAUUUUUCUGAAGUCUUUGAGAAAACAAAUGCUUCGGCUGCUCUUGCUGCUGGCAUUUUCCAUCGGAAAGAGGUUCCUAUCCUAGCAGUGAAAGAGCACCUGGAAGAUGCUGGUGUGGAGGUCAGAAUGCAGUAAUCUAAGAUGGACUAGUGUAACAUAACGCGGAAAACCUCUCAUUUGUUGGAACUUUUUGUCAGAUGUUGUAACAGUUGUAUAUCGGGAGCAUGUGUGGCACAGUGGCAGUGCAUAGAAUGCGGACUUGAAAUGUUAUUUCGGAAUAAAUCAAU